UCGAAGGAGUGAAAAAAAGAAAAGAACAGUAUUUUUUUGGUUUUGGAAAGUUUUUCAGCUUUUCAAGAGAGCAAAACAGCUCAAGAGAGGAGAAUGAGUGUUUGGGAAGUAAAUUAAGUUAUACCAGUCCAAUAAAGAUAAAUUGCUCCCCAACUUUUGACACAACCUGUGUAUGUUGGUCAACUAUUUUUCAUUUGUGUAAGAAGACUGGCAAAGUCCAUGCUUAUGGUUGGUUCAAUGGGAAAAAAGUUGCUGCUAUGGAAAACAUGCUUUUACCAAUUCCCAGCAAAAUCCUAAAUCUCCAAGCUGACUGGGAAAAAGUGAUGUUAAUUUGCAAUGAAGGAAAGUGUCAUGUCAUCUCAAACUUGCAUGGUGAUUGGAAAACUAGUGUUUAUGAGAAUGAAACGAAAUUUAAAAGUGCUGAUGUUGGUCAAAUGCAUGCAAUUACUGUUGAUGAGAAUGGCAAAGCAUAUUCAUCAAAAACGGACAUGAAUAUUGAUAGUUCAAAGAGUUCACCUUUGCUUUUUUCACCAAUACAAAUGAAAGUAAAAGUUGAUGAAGUCAGCUGUGGAAAAGAACAUGUAUUAAUAUUAAACAAAACAUCUGGACAUGUCUUUAGUUUUGGCAUUGGUACUCGAGGGCAACUUGGUCAUGGUGGUGUUGAUGAAGAAACCAUUCCUAGACUUAUUGAUGCAUUAACUGGUGUUCAUAUGAACCAAGUGAGUGCUGGUGGCUGGCAUUCACUUGCAUUGAGUAAUAUUGGGGAUAUCUAUGCAUGGGGCUGGAACAAUCAUGGACAGUUGGGGAUUACAUGCCUUCCUCCAGAGGUUCCCGAAACAUUUUACACAUUACCCUAUAUUGUUGAUUUUCCACAAGAGGUUAGUGUUAACCAUGUUGCUUGUGGUGCAAGGCAUUCUGGAGCUGUGAUGUCAGAACCAAGACAAAGUGUAUUGACAUGGGGCUGGGGGAAAUAUGGUCAAUUAGGUCAUGGAGAUGACCAAGAUAGGAACAGACCCACUGUAGUUGAAUAUUUUGAAAACAUUGAUGGAAAAAUAUUGGAUAUGAAUUGUGGCCCAUGGCAGACUAUUGUAACUUUAGAAAGAAAGAUAUAAUGUAGUCAAUGUGGUUGCAUGUGGGUGUGAU